AUGGUACCAAAGGUUUCCGAGGUAGUUUAUCCACAGUGUUUUAUCUACACUUGUGGUGGGACGAUGAAAGGACGAAAUGGCAGUAUAGAGUCUCCGGGUUUCCCUUAUGGCUAUCCCAAUGGAGCCAACUGCACCUGGGUCAUCGUAGGCGAGCACGGCAGCAGGAUUCAGCUUGUGUUCCUGUCAUUCGCCAUAGAAGAAGAGUACGACUUCCUGUCUCUCUAUGAUGGGCAUCCGCAUCCAGCAAACUUCAGAACCAGGCUGACUGGAUUCCAGGUUCCCACACCCGUCACGAGUACAGGGAACGUCUUCUCUCUCAGACUGACCAGUGACUUCGCCGUCUCUGCACACGGCUUCAAACUGAACUACGAAGAACUUCAGAGCUCUUCGUGUGGUAACCCUGGAGUUCCACCCAAAGCCGUGCUGAGCGGUGGUGGGAAGUUUGCAGUGGGUGAUCGUGUACACUACAGCUGCGUUCCUGGUUACGUUUUGGACGGCCACGCUACGCUAACGUGUAUCACAAACGCUGGCAACACUGCGGUGUGGGACUUCCCCGCCCCCAUUUGUCGAGCUGAGGACACAUGUGGGGGCACUGUGGGGGGCGGCAGUGGGGUGGUGACCAGUCCCGGUUACCCCAACAACUAUGGUAAUCAGGCCGACUGUACUUGGAUCCUAUUGGCCGAGCCUGGAGACACCAUCUCUGUCAUCUUUACAGACUUCCAGACUGAGGAGAAGUAUGACUACCUGGAGGUGGAGGGCUCUGAGCCACCAACCAUCUGGUUGUCAGGCAGUAAUAUCCCCUCGCCUAUUGUGAGCAACAAGAACUGGCUCCGGUUGCAUUUUGUCACAGAUGGCAACCACCGUUACCGUGGAUUCAGCGCACACUAUCAAGCAGUGAAGCGAUCAGUAGAUUUUAAAUCGCGGGGCGUUAAGUUAUUCCCUGGCAAAGACUCCAGCAACAAGUUUUCAAUAUUAAACGAAGGAGGCGUGAGGCAAGCUUCAAACUCCUGUCCCGAUCCAGGAGAGCCAGAGAAUGGGAAGAGGCAUGGCAACGACUUCAGCAUUGGGGGUGAGGUGCACUUCACCUGUGGAGAGGACUACGUUCUUCAGGGCAGUAAAACCAUCAGCUGUCAGAGAGUGGCUGAAGUGUUCGCCGCCUGGAGCGACCACAGACCCGUGUGCAAAGUGAAAACCUGUGGCAGUAAUCUCCAAGGACCCUCAGGAAGCUUUACAUCACCAAACUUCCCAAUCCAGUACGAGAGCAACGCCCAGUGUGUUUGGAUCAUCACUGCGUCAAAUCCUAAUAAGGUAAUUCAGAUCAACUUUGAAGAAUUCGACCUGGAGAUCGCCUAUGACACGCUCACUAUUGGCGACGGAGGCGAAGUCGGAGACCCCACCACCAUUUUACAAGUUCUUUCAGGAAGUUUUGUUCCUGAUUUGAUUGUAAGCAUGACCCAUCAGAUGUGGCUCCACCUACAAACAGACGAGAGUGUGGGGUCGAUAGGAUUCAAGAUCAACUACAAAGAAAUCGACAAAGAGAGCUGCGGGGACCCUGGCACGCCCCUCUAUGGCAUACGGGAGGGGGACAGCUUCUCAAACGGAGGCAUCCUGAGGUUUGAAUGCCAGUUUGGAUUUGAGUUAAUUGGAGAGAAGACAAUUUCCUGCCAGGACAACAACCAGUGGUCUGCCAAUAUCCCUAUAUGCAUAUUCCCAUGCAUGUCCAACUUCACCGCGCCUUCGGGAACAGUGCUUUCACCCGAUUACCCAGAAGGCUACGGGAACAACAUGAACUGCGUUUGGCUCAUCCAGUCCGAGCCAGGCUCCAGGAUCCACUUGGCCUUUAACGACUUUGAUCUUGAGGCGCCUUAUGAUGCGCUGACGGUGAAAGAUGGAGAGACCAAUGAUGCGAAUGUGAUCGGGAGGUUUUCGGGAGCGGAGAGUCCGUCCCAUCUCACAUCCAACACCCACACGCUAAGACUGGAGUUUCAGGCCGACCACUCCAUGUCUGGGAGAGGGUUCAAUAUCACUUACACCACGUUUGGUCAUAAUGAGUGCCCAGAUCCCGGCAUUCCCAUCAACGCCCGUCGCUUCGGAGACAGCUUCCAGCUCGGCAGCUCCAUCUCAGUGGUGUGUGAGGACGGAUUUAUCAAAACGCAGGGGAGCGAGACGAUCUCCUGUCAGCUGGAGAAAGGCAAAGUCAUGUGGAGCGGGCCUAUUCCCAAAUGUGAAGCCCCAUGCGGUGGCCAUUACUCGGCCCCUAACGGCGUGAUCCUGUCUCCUGGUUGGCCUGGUUACUAUAAAGACUCUCUCAACUGCGAGUGGGUCAUUGAAACCGAACCGGGACGCUCAAUCAAAAUCACAUUUGACAGGUUUCAAACUGAACUCGGAUAUGACUUCCUGGAGAUCCACGACGGGCCCAACCUGCUGUCUCCUCUGGUCGGCUCGUUCAAUGGCACCCAGGUCCCACAGUUUCUGUUCAGCAGCAGCAACUUCCUCUAUCUACUCUUCACCACUGAUAACAGCCGAUCAAACGCUGGCUUCAAAAUACUAUAUGAAAGUGUUACGGUGGACAGUUACUCCUGCUUGGAUCCUGGUAUCCCUGUCAAUGGGAUUAGAUACGGGCAGGACUUCUCCAUUGGCUCCACUGUGUCGUUCGGAUGUGAUUCUGGGUACAGGCUCAGCCAUGAAGAGCCGUUGGUCUGUGAAAAGAAUCACUGGUGGAGCCACCCUUUGCCCACAUGUGACGCUCUGUGUGGGGGAGAUGUCCGUGGGCCCUGGGGAACCAUCCUGAGUCCUGGAUAUCCCGACAGCUACCCCUCGUCUCUCAACUGCACCUGGACUGUGGAAGUCAGCCACGGCAAAGGAGUCCAGUUUCAGUUUAACUCUUUUCACCUGGAGGACCAACACGACUACCUGCUGCUGACGGAAAACGGGAGCUUCGUACAGCCGCUGGCCCGUCUCACAGGAAAUGAGUUACCUAGCAACAUUAACGCCGGUCUCUAUGGCAACUUCAAAGCCCAGCUCCGUUUCAUCUCUGACUUCUCCAUUUCCUACGAGGGCUUCAACAUAACUUUCUCUGAAUACACUUUGGAGCCAUGUGAAGAUCCUGGGAUGCCGCGAUUUGGACGAAGAAAUGGCUACAGUUUUGGAGUGGGCGACACAUUGACGUUUUCUUGUAAUGUGGGAUAUCGCCUAGAAGGGGCACCAGAGCUGGUGUGUCUGGGAGGAGGGCGGAGAAUGUGGAGCGCUCCACUGCCCAGAUGUGUCGCUGAGUGUGGCUCUUCAGUCAUCAACAAUGAAGGGAUACUUCUGUCCCCAAACUACCCCAUGAACUAUGACAACAACCACGAGUGCAUCUACAGUAUACAGGUGCAGGCUGGCAAAGGCAUCAACAUUUCAGCACGUACCUUUCAUCUGGCCCAGGGGGACAUACUCAAGGUGCAUGAUGGGAAAGACAACACAGCCCAUGUACUCGGAGCAUUUACCGGGACGUCUAUGCUGGGGCUGACCCUCAUCUCCACUUCGAAUCAUCUUUGGCUGGAGUUUUUCAGCGAUGGAGAAAGCACAGGGGAAGGAUUUAAACUGGUUUAUUCAAUGAGGUUGAGGAGAGUCUACAAAGAGAAGAUGGCCUCCAGUCUCAUGCUCACACGCAGCAGCGAUGGUCAAACUCCCGCUCUUAGUCACAGCCGCAAAGUCGCCCCCCACAGAGAGCCCCAGCGCCAGUGGCAAAGGGAUGGUCCGGACCAGUCUUCUCCUCAGAUUGGGCAGUUUAGUGGCAACACUGCACUGGAGUCUGUAUACUCAACCUCUAACAUCAUCCUCAUCAAGUUCCACUCCGACUUCUCUGGGGCUGGAUUCUUCGUCCUGAGUUACCAUGCGUACCAAUUACGGGUGUGCCAGCCUCCUCCUGAAGUGGCCAACGCUGACACCCUGAUGGAGGACGGGGAGCUGGAGAUAGGUGACAUCAUCAGGUACAGAUGCCAUCCUGGAUUCUCACUGGUUGGAAGUGAGAUUCUUACCUGCCGUCUUGGAGAGAGGCUACAGAUGGACGCCCCACCUCCAACAUGUCAAGUACAAUGUCCUGCCCAUGAUGUGAGAUACGACUCUUCUGGGGUCAUCCUGAGUCCUGGUUGGCCAGAUAGUUAUCCCAAUCUGCAGAUGUGCUCCUGGAGUGUCACAGUGGAGAAGGGCUACAAUGUUACCAUCACCUUUGAGAGCUUCCACACAGAGAGGGAGUUUGACGUGUUGGAGAUCUUUGAUGGCUCCACCGCCAACAGCCCAACAUUAGCCACCCUGAGUGGAGACCUGCCCACUCCCUUUAACCUCACCACCUCUGGUCACCAGUUUUUGGUCCGCUGGUCCUCUGACCAUGGCACCAACAAGAAAGGCUUCAAAAUUCGCUAUGUUGGUGAGUACCAAACCCUUUACUGUUCAACCCCGGAUUCGCCAUUGCACGGGUCCAUCUCCUCUCAGAGCGGCGGCCACGUUAACAGCGUCGUGCGGUGGGCAUGUGACCGUGGUUACCGUCUUAUAGGCAAUGCCACAGCAACCUGUAGAAGAACAGUACUGGGCUACCACGCCUGGGACUCACCUGUACCUGCAUGUCAAGCUGUGUCAUGUGGCGCACCUAAGGCUCCCAUAAACGGUGGCGUUUUAACAGCUGACUACUCGGUGGGAACAAGAGUUUCGUACUUCUGUAAUGACGGCUACAGACUCUCCAGUAAAGAGCUCACAUCUGCAAUCUGCCAGCCGGAUGGAACAUGGAGCAACCACAAUAAGAUCCCACGCUGCUCAGUUGUAGUGUGUCCAAGCAUCGGCUCCUUCUCUCUGGAGCAUGGUCGCUGGAGGAUUGUAAAUGGCUCUCACUAUGAAUAUGGCACCCGCAUCGUGUUUACAUGUGACCCUGGGUACUACAGACUAGGCCCCGCCCACAUCCAGUGCCUGCCUAAUGGUGUUUGGAGUUGGAGGAAUGAGAGACCACAUUGCCAAAUUAUAUCAUGCGGUGACCUGCCAUCUCCGCCCAACGGGAAGAAAAUCGGCACACAAACCACAUUCGGUGCCACUGCCAUCUUUACCUGCGAACUUGGGUUCAUGCUGGUGGGCUCUGCUGUGAGGGAGUGCUUGUCAUCUGGGCUGUGGAGUGGAACUGAAACACGCUGUUUGGCCGGUCACUGUGGCAUCCCAGAGACCAUUGUGAAUGGCCAGGUGAUUGGAGAGAACUUCGGUUACCGUGACACUGUGGUGUACCAGUGCCUGCCCGGCUUUCGGUUAAUAGGCUCCUCAGUCCGCAUCUGUCUCCAGGACAACCAGUGGUCUGGACAGCUGCCCGUCUGCAUACCCAUAAGCUGUGGUCAUCCAGGAAGUCCCAUUUAUGGUCUCACUGCUGGAAACGGCUUCAACCUCAACGACGUGGUGAGCUUCGUGUGUAACCGUGGCUACGAAAUGGAGGGGCCUUCCCGAACUCAGUGCCAAGCCAACCGGCAAUGGAGCCACCCGCCCCCAACGUGUAAAGUGGUCAACUGCUCCGAUCCAGGAAUUCCCGCCAACUCGAUCCGACAGAGCAAAAUCGAACAUGGCAACUUUACUUUUGGGACUGUGGUUUUCUAUGACUGUAACCCGGGAUACUACCUGUUUGGAUCACCUGUACUCACCUGCCAACCAACAGGCCAGUGGGACAAGCCUCUGCCAGAGUGCAUAGUGGUGGACUGUGGUCAUCCUGGCUCCCCCCCUAACGGUGUGCUGAGCGGAGAUAAGUUUACAUUUGGUUCAACGGUUCGAUACUCCUGUCUGGGCGGGAGACAGCUGAAAGGGGAGUCAUCCAGGACGUGUCAGCUCAGUGGGAUGUGGAGCGCCCCCAUGCCCUUCUGCUCUGGCGACACAGCUGGCUCCUGUGGUGAUCCUGGCAUUCCCUCCCACGGCUCCCGGGAACAAACAGAUUUCCGCAUCCGCUCCAAGGUUUUCUUCAGCUGUGGUGAGGGCUACGAGCUGAUCGGAUCGGCAGAGAGGAUGUGCUUUCCCAAUGGCACGUGGUCGGGAACGCAGCCCUUCUGUAAACCUGUCCAGUGCGGUAACCCUGGCACUCCCAGUAAUGGCCGAGUCUAUCGCCUGGAUGGGACAACAUUUUCUAAUUCUGUCAUCUACUCCUGUAUGGACGGCUAUAUACUCACUGGCGCCACCACUAGGCUGUGCCAAGCCAAUGGUACAUGGUCAGGACUUCAGCCCAACUGUACCAUGAUAAACUGCGGUGAUCCUGGCAUUCCCGCUAAUGGCCUUCGUUAUGGAGAAGACUUCACCAUUGGUCAGAACAUCACCUUCCAGUGCCAGCCCGGGUACAGGAUGGAGGAGGAUGGGUCACCUGUGAGGGCAUGCACCCAGAACGGCACGUGGAGCGGGAACAUGCCCAUGUGCUCAGCGGUGACCUGUCCCUCCCCUCCUGCGAUCAGUAAUGGCGUCCUCCAGGGCAGUGACUUUGAGUGGGGCAGCAGUGUGAGUUACAGCUGCUCACCGGGAUACGAGCUCUCAUUCCCUGCGGUCCUGACCUGUGUGGCCAAUGGAUCCUGGAGCGGCAUGCUGCCACAGUGUUUACCUUCACCUGCUGCAGUUCCUGAUGAUGUUUUCGCUCCUAACUACAUCUGGAAGGGCUCCUAUAAUUACCGUGGGAGGAAGCAGCCUAUGACUCUGAGCAUCACCAGCUUCAACUCCAGCACGGGUCGAGUCAACGUAACCCUUAGCAACGGCAACAUGGAGCUGCUGCUGUCAGGAGUAUACAAAGCUUCAGAGGCCAGGCUGCUCCUACUGAUGUACCAGGUAAACUACCCAAACCAGGGAACCCAGGCCAAGAACUCAGCCGUAUCUCCUGCCAAAAUCAUCGAAGACUCCUGGACCAUGGAUGGAUUUGUUUCUGCUGAGCCCGAUGGUUCCAGUUACGUGUUCCAAGGCUUCAUUCAGGGAAAAGACUACGGACAGUUUGGACUCCAAAGACUAGGUCUAAACAUGUCUGAGAGUCAUAAUUCUCCACCGCCUCAACUCGGUACCAACAGUAGUUCUGUGGCUAUCGCUAUUCUGGUGCCUUUUUUCGCUCUGAUCUUCACCGGUUUUGGCUUUUAUCUCUACAAACAAAGAACAACACCAAAAACCCAGUACACAGGCUGCUCAGUACAUGAAAACAAUAAUGGCCAAGCUGCCUUCGAGAACCCUAUGUACAACACCAACGCCAAGGCAGUAGAGGGGAAAGCAGUGCGCUUCGAUCCCAAUCUAAAUACUGUCUGCACCAUGGUCUGAGGAUUGAUUAUCCUCACUUGAAUUAAAGAACUCCAAUAUCUAAUGGGACCACUCGUGGUGCAAAGUUGUGGAGGUGGGAGCAGGUUGCUUCGACUUAGAGCUGGCCACAAAGCUAAAAAUGGAUUGGAAAUAGUUUUUGGUCCAAUUUCUCUAAAGUAAAAGGAAACCCACUCUCCAUGAAUAAAAGGCAUUUGCAAUCUUCUGAUGAAACAGACUGGAAGAAAAAGUCCCAGGUGAAGUAUAGAGAUGAUUCUACAGAAAACACAGGCCAACUUUACAUAAAAUCAAGUACAGCCCAUAUUAUACAUGAUCUGCAUCUUCAGCAGCAGAAGUGUGA